AUGUACUUCUCCAACGUCGUCAUCGGCCUCCUCACAGCCCAGGCCUUGUCCAAGGGUGCUCAGCCAGGAGCUGCUGUGGGCAAAUACGCGACCUUGAUGGCUGCUGCAGCCCUGCCCGUGAGCGGUCUUCCACUCUUUGGCAGUCUCGAAGUUCGGGAGCCUCAUCAUCAGGGAAACCAAGGCAACCAAGGCAACCAAGCCAAUCAAGCCAACCAGGGAAACCAGGGCAACCAGGGCAACCAGGGUGGCCAAAACGCCAACGCCAAUGCCGAGGCCGUUGCCGGAUGCAACAGCAAGAGAGAUGAAGACCUUGUCCGUCGACAUCACCAGGGAAACCAAGGCAACGCAAACGGCGCCAACAGCCAGGCUGCUGCUACUGGCGCUGGAAAUGCUAAUGGCUGUGGCAACGAUAAUGCAGCGAACAACGCCAAUGGCAACGAUGGUGCCAAUGCCAACGGGAACGCUGCUGCGGGUGCUGGCAAUGCCGCGGCUGGGGGCAACAAUGGUAACGCUACCGGCAAUGGCAACGGAAACAAUGGCAACGCUGCUGGCAAUGCUAACGGCAAUGCUAACGGCAAUGCUGCUGCUGCAAACGCUGCGAAUGGUAACGCUGGUAAUGGCAAUGCCUGUAACAAAAAGAGAGGCUUUUGGCUUUUUGCUAGGCACCAUCAAGGAGGUCAGGCCAACGGCGGGAAUGCAGCCAACGCUGCUAACUGUAACUAA